AUGUCGACUGGUAGACCAUCAGUUACAGCAUUACAUUGUGUAUCAUUUCGAGAAUAUUUUUCUUUUACUAAAAUAAAAUCAGUAGUUCAUGGUUUUGUUUAUGAAUAUGAAACACCAAAAAUUGUAACGAUUCAUUCAGUUUCAAGUCGUUGUUUAAAAAAAAAUGCUUCCUUAACUAAUAAUUUUCAAUCAACAACAGGUCUAUGUGAACUUGAAGGUUGGUGUCCAGUUGAAAAUGAUUUAAAUAUUCCAAAUCCAAUACGUGAUGCAUUAAAUUUUACAAUAUUUGUUAAAAAUUUUAUUGAAUUUCCACUUUUUAAAGUUAUUAGAAAAAAUAUUCUAGGUGAUAAAAAUUAUUUAAAAACAUGUAAUUAUGAGCCUAUUGCAAAUAAAUUAUGUCCAAUAUUUCGUGUUGGAACUUUACUUGAUAUUGUUGAACCAAAUUCAUAUGAACAAACACAAAUGUUAAAAUUAGGUGGUGUUAUACGUGUUAAAAUACAUUGGGAUUGUAAUUUAGAUAAACCAUUAGAUCUUUGUAAACCUGAAUAUUCAUUUCGACGUUUGGAUGAUUCAUAUAGAGAAGAUUCAUUUUCACAUGGAUUUAAUUUUCGAUUUGCAUCACAUUGGAAAUAUCAAAAUCGAUCUUAUCGAACAUUAACUAAAGCAUAUGGUCUUCGUUUUAUUAUUUCUGUCAGUGGUAUUGCUGGUCGUUUUGAUAUAAUAUUAUUAACAUUAAAUAUUGGUUCAUUAAUUGGUAUUCUUGGUUUAGCAACAUUUAUAUGUGAUAUUGUUGCAUUAUAUGUUCAUCGUCAAUCUGACGUAUAUCGUCAACAAAAAUUUCAAGAAGUUAAUUUAAAUUCAAUACGAUCAGAUAGUUUAAAACAUAUUUCAACAAAUACAACAAACAGUGAAUCAAAAAGAAAACAUUCUAAUCAUAUUGAGCAAAAUAUAUCAAAUAGUCAUAUUAUUGAUCAUAAUGAAGUAUUGGCAAAUGUUGAAUGUUUAGAUGAAACAGAAUUUCAGCAAGAAAAUAUUAAAAAUAAUGAUUUAUAUGAUAAAUUAUCAUCAUCAUCAAAAGAUACAAAUCAAGCAACAACACCAAUUUUUAUUUAUGGAAAUUUUCAUCAACAAAAAUUAGGUUUAAAUUCUUUGCAUACAAGUCCAUCAGUAAAACAAAGACGUUCAACAACAACAACAACAAAUAAAUCUCGACCAUCACAAUUAGCAUAUUUAUCAAGUGAAGAAAAUCAAUUAUAUGAUAAAGCAAAUAUAUCUUUUGUUGAUGCUGAUUCUACAGAAUUAAUUGAACCAAAUGAAAAGACUGAUGAAAAUAAACAUUUAAAUGAUAGUUCGGCAUUUAAUCAUUCACAAUCUGCUGUACAGUCGCCAAUAACUGAAACAUUAUUAUGA